UGCAACCUGACUGGGCGCUGGGUCAAUGACUUGGGCUCCAACAUGACCAUCUCGGCUGUGAACGGAAGAGGCGACUUCACUGGCUCCUACCACACGGCUGUGACAUCCACCACAAACAAAAUCCAGGUGUCACCAAUGCGGGGCUCUCUACAGCACCCAAACCAGAAGGGACAGCCCACCUUUGGCUUCACCGUCAACUGGAGUUUUUCAGACUCCAUCACUGUUUUCACGGGCCAGUGCUUCGUGGACGAGGAUGGAAAGGAGGUUUUGAGGACCAUGUGGCUCCUGCGGUCACGAGUGGAUAGCAUCAAAGAUGACUGGAAAGCCACCAGGUAG